UUCUGCCAUUUCUACUACAAGUUCUAAUACUCCUCAUACAAAUUCUACUCCUACCAUUGGUUUUAAUAAUUUUAAUAAAGGUCCUCCUCCUACUACCGUUCCUACUGCUUGUAUUACUGGUUCUACUAUUCCUGGCUCUAUUAAUGUGUUGAGAUCAGACACUAACAGUAUCAAAAAGCAUCGAUCAGGAACAUCAAACAAAGACAUGAAAUUGAAGAAACCAUUAAUCGACCUCCAAAAAAGUCUAAAAUUGGAAAUAGUAGAAACUGAUCAGUAG